AUGCCCGGAACGCCCGUGACAACAACGUCACCUCCUCCUCCCCCAAAGGGCUGUGAGCUGUUGCGUGAAAAUGUUUUUGAGUCGGCACGUCACGCUGAUGAGGACGAGUUUCGCAUGCGGCGAAAGCCGACCAUGACACGCCACGAGGAUCGGCUAGUGGCGCCGAAGGUUUUUAGCGACAAAAGGUAUACUGUGGUUUUGGAUUUGGACGAAACGGUGGUGUACGCGCGCGAGGGUCCUUUAUAUGCUCGGGCGCACUUGAGGGAACUACUUGUAUCUAUUAAGGAUGAUUUUGAGGUUAUUGUAUGGACGGCUGGGGAGCGAGACUAUGCCAAGAACAUACUGGAGGAGAUAAAUCAGGAUCAUAUCAUUCACCACCUCAUAUAUCGCCACAAGGCGUGGUACACCAGCGAUGACUAUACAAAAGACCUCAAAAAACUGGGUCGAAACAUCGACUAUGUCAUAAUUGUGGAAAAUACGCCGGAUUGUGUUAGGGCGAACCCCCAAAACGGCAUCAUUGUAGAGGACUUUGAAGUGCCAUCCGCCACCCCAUCUUUAUCACAGGAAAAGGAACCAAUGACCCCGGGUGGGGGAAAAGUGGGCACACCCCCAUCGCGUUCACCAUCACAAACGCCGCCGCCAAAACCCAAACGGCAGUUCACCGACAGAACGCUCCUUCUGCUCAAGGAGGUCCUUUCCGCCCUCUUGGAUAGUGGGGAAACGGUUCCGGUGUUCCUCGCCGGGUGCCCGCUGUUGGCGCAGCGGAGUGUCAGGGGUUCGGAUGGGAAGGGCAUCCCAAUAUACUACCUCGGCAAGCGGCGCAGGCGCGGGGCGCCUCCAAUUUGUUCGCCAAAAAGAAAGAGGAGCCGCGAAACGCUCUCGCAAAGCGGCGGGGAAUGGAAGAACAAGGGGGAGGGGGUGGAGGAUGCCGAAGGAGGCGCUGGCAGCGGUGUUGGCGAGCCUCCGCGCGCUCUUGCCCGGGUGGGGGGGCCGCCUGUCGCCGGGGGGAUGCGUUAG